GGUAGGAGCAGAUUAUGGGCAACAGUCCUUUUUGUUAAUCUAUCAUCAUCAUGGCCCAUGAGGGCAGUUCCAAGGCUGGUGAUAGUCCUUUUUCAUCAGAUAAACAUGCCCAACUCAUCUUGUCCCAGAUCAAUAAAAUGAGAAAUGGACAGCAUUUCUGUGAUGUGCAGCUACAAGUUGGGAAGGAAACUUUUAAAGUUCAUCGACUGGUUUUGGCUGCCAGUAGUCCUUACUUUGCAGCUUUGUUCACUGGAGGAAUGAAAGAGUCUUCAAAAGAUAUUGUACAGAUUCUAGGAAUUGAAGCUGAAAUCUUUCGGAUACUUCUAGAUUUCAUUUACACAGGUGUAGUGAAUAUAAGUGUCAAUAAUGUCCAGGAGUUGAUUGUUGCAGCAGACAUGCUACAGUUGACUGAAGUUGUUAUUCUUUGCUGUGAAUUUCUGAAAGGACAAAUUGAUCCACUGAACUGCAUUGGGAUCUUUCAGUUAUCUGAGCAAAUUGCCUGCCAUGAUCUUUUGGAAUUCACAGAGAACUACAUUCAUGUUCAUUUCUUGGAGGUUCAUAGUGGGGAAGAGUUCUUGGCACUUACAAAAGAUCAGCUGAUCAAAAUUUUGCGAAGUGAAGAGCUUAACAUUGAGGAUGAAUACCAAGUCUUCUUAGCCACAAUGCAGUGGAUUCUGAAGGAUCUGGGAAAGAGAAGAAAAUAUAUGGUGGAAGUUUUAGACCCGAUUCGAUUCCCUUUAUUACCUCCUCAGAGGCUUUUAAAGUAUAUAGAAGGAGUAUCUGAUUUUAAUCUUCGUGUUGCAUUGCAAACACUUUUGAAAGAGUACUGUGAGGUGUGUAAAUCUCCCAAAGAGAACAAAUUUUGUAGUUUUCUGCAGACAUCUAAGGUUCGGCCUCGGAAGAAAGCAAGAAAAUACCUGUAUGCAGUAGGUGGAUAUACUCGGUUACAGGGAGGUCGUUGGAAUGAUAGCAGAGUCCUCAGCUGUGUAGAACGUUUUGAUACCUUUAGCCAGUACUGGACCACUGUGUCUUCACUUCAUCAGGCUCGAUGUGGGCUGGGAGUGGCAGUUCUGGGAGGGAUGGUCUACGCUAUUGGAGGUGAAAAGGAUUCGAUGAUUUUUGACUGUACUGAAUGCUAUGAUCCAGUUACUAAACAGUGGACAACUGUAGCUUCAAUGAAUCACCCCCGUUGUGGCUUGGGAGUAUGUGUGUGUUAUGGGGCUAUCUAUGCUUUGGGUGGAUGGGUUGGAGCUGAGAUAGGGAACACCAUUGAACGAUUUGAUCCUGAUGAAAAUAAAUGGGAAGUAGUUGGCAACAUGGCUGUGUCACGCUAUUACUUUGGGUGCUGUGAAAUGCAAGGUUUAAUUUAUGUAAUUGGGGGCAUCAGCACUGAAGGAAUAGAGCUUCGUUCUUUUGAAGUUUAUGAUCCACUUUCCAAGCGUUGGUCUCCACUUCCUCCAAUGGGAACCAGGAGAGCUUAUCUUGGCGUUGCUGCACUCAAUGACUGCAUCUAUUCUAUUGGAGGGUGGAAUGAGACACAAGAUGCUCUUCAUACUGUUGAAAAGUAUUCCUUUGAAGAGGAAAAGUGGGUUGAAGUUGCCUCAAUGAAAGUGCCUAGAGCAGGCAUGUGUGUUGUGGCAGUCAAUGGUCUUCUGUAUGUUUCUGGAGGUCGAUCUUCCAGCCAUGAUUUCCUGGCCUCAGGUACCUUGGACUCAGUUGAAGUUUAUAACCCUCAUUCAGAUACAUGGACAGAAAUUGGUAACAUGAUCACCAGUCGUUGUGAAGGGGGUGUUGCUGUACUAUGAAAUAUAAAGUGUAAGAGAGCACAAGGAAAUCUCCCAAGUCAAACAUAUUUGGUGAUAGGACCCUCUGAUUCUAUUGCAUUUCCAUGUAUUUGGUAGAUAAAUGACUAAAGAGUGAUUUUUCUAAAAAUUUGAGUGAGAAGGGAUAUGGAAUGUAUCCAAAAUUAAUAAAGAGCUCACGCAAAUUUGCCAACCUUA